UCUUACAAAAUAUGGAGUGUCUUGCGCAAGUUGCGCUCUGUUUGUAAUGCUAAUCUUGUUUUCGAAAGAAGAAGAGUCACGAGUAGGUGACACAACAACAACAAGUGGAUGAGUAUCUGCUUACUUAGGAAGUUGAAAACUUUGAACACAACACUAUAACCGCUUACCAGGGAGACAACUAAAACCACCCUUCACUUCACACACAAUACCACUACCUAUACAUAGAUUCCAUUCCAUAGAAGAAACUUCAAAGGACGGUGUUUUAUUUUUUCUUUUUCUUUUUCUUUUUUUGAAACUGAUACACACUUCUCAAGUUCUCUCAUACCCAGACAGAUUUAGAAACAAUAGUACCGAGGGUCCCUCACUGGAGACUCACAGUACCCUUGUAACCGUACCAAUUUAUCUGACCUCUUUUUGUGGCAUAGAUUGAGUUAAUAGAUCUGAGUCUGAGUCUGUAGAUUCAAACAAACUUCAUAUAUAUCAGCUUCUUUUCCAAGCUAGAUUCUCUCUCUCUCUAUCUGAUUUUCUUUCGUUUCCAAAAACUAAGAAGAUUAUGGCUAAUCGAUGGUGGACUGGGAAUGUGGCAACGAUGCCAACAUCACCGACUUCGCUUCAACAGCUGAAGAGAGAGCAAGAGUUAAUGGAAAGUAACAACAACGCGAACUCGACUCCAACGAAUAGCAGUAACAGCAACAAUAAUGAAGAUGAAGAUAACAACAACCCUGAAGAUCAGAAUCCUUCGGAGCCCGGUAGUAGUAGUGGUCGGAGGCCACGAGGUAGACCGCCGGGUUCGAAGAACAAACCCAAACCGCCUAUUGUUAUAACGAAAGAAUCUCCGAACGCGCUGCGAAGCCACGUGUUAGAAAUUAGCAGCGGUAGUGAUGUGGCGGAGAGCAUAGCUACCUUUGCUAACCGCCGUCACCGUGGUGUGUCGGUUUUGAGUGGGAGCGGCAUUGUGACUAAUGUGACGCUUAGGCAACCGGCUGCUCCCGCUGGUGUUAUUACUCUUCAUGGAAGGUUUGAGAUUCUGUCGCUUUCGGGUGCUUUUCUGCCUUCGCCAUCUCCGCCUGGAGCGACCGGGCUUACUGUUUAUUUAGCCGGUGGUCAGGGGCAGGUUGUGGGUGGCGCUGUGGCGGGUUCUUUGGUUGCUUCUGGACCUGUGAUGGUUAUUGCAGCUACUUUUGCUAAUGCUACUUAUGAGAGGUUGCCAUUGGAAGAUGAACAAGGUGGUGAUCAAGAGGAAAUGCAAGUUGAACAACAAUCUGGUGUGGAUUCAGCAACUGUUGUAGCAGCAGGAGUUGCUUCUUCUCAAGGUUUGGAUUUCGCCGAACAACAGCACCAUCAUCAUCAACAACAACAACAGGUUUCAAUGCCUAUGUAUAACUUGCCACCAAAUCUUAUACAUAACGGUAAUCAAAUGCCUCAUGAUAUGUUUUGGGGUCCUCCACCUCCUCGUCCUCCUCCUCCUUUCUGAGAAAGGAGAGGUAGGAAACUUAUUGUCAAUGGUGUUUAAUCUUACUGACUUGUACUUGUGUGCAGUAUGCUCUCCUUCUCUGACUGUGCUUGUUGUAAGAACAUAUAUAUAUUAUAUACAUAUAUAGCAAGGUUAGGAUUGUUUGUUUUCUUCA